UUUGUUGCGAUAUUGCAGCAGUAACUUUUGAAUUAGCACAUAUUGGUUAAUAAAUUCAAUUUAGGAAAACAGAAGUCUACCAGUGGGAAUGUGUUGGUUUAUCCAGGACUCUCAAAGCACCGAGUUGAAGAAAGAUUAAUUCUGAAUAAGCUUUUUGACCCAAAUGAGCAAAAUUUAACCAACUUGAAGGUUCAUGAGGUUACUGGAAAAUCAUCCGACAGUUUAUUGGGACAGAAAGAACUGGAUUUGGCCUAUCUUGCAAAUGUGACUAACCCGGUGCGAAUGAAACUAACAAAUCAAUUUGGAGAACACAUAAAGCUUUACACCUAUGUCACGGUAACCCCGCCAUCGACCUCAGUUCUAUCUCUCAAAUCCUUUUCGGCACAACACCAUGAAGGGUCUGACUUUUUAAAGAAGCACUUAAGGGAUGACUUGUCAGAUGACGUAGCUUUUGACGAAAUAUCGGACACAAGUCUUAGUGAUCACAAGAUUUAUGGCAAAAUCACCAAAAUGUCAGAGAAACUUAGUAACAUCGAGGACGAAAUACUCAAAAAGACCUAUAAGUUGAACAAGCUGAACAAGGAGAACGUAGCUGAAAUGACCAAGAUCAAAAACAAGCUUGAAAGGGAUAUAGCCAAGAAGGAUGCUCAGAUUAAGGUUUUACUAUCGCAGCUUGAUGAGUUACACACUGUUCUUUCACUGUCCCAUCAAAGAGAAUUGGAGUUGACUGAGAAAAUACGAUUCAACGAGUCCAUACCACCAAGAUCAGUCUUAGGAGAAAGCCAACUCUUAUCCGAAAAUGGAUGCGGGACAUUCUCAACCCGAACUGGACCAAAAAGGACUAAAAAGGGGGACUUGAACUACACUAUGUCAUCUUGCAACAGAUCCAUUUUGGAUGAUAUUGAAACCAACAUGAAAGACUUGCAGCGUUUUAGAAGUGAAUUUGAGAGUAUAAAUGACCCUGGACAGAAGGUUACCAGAUGUAGGGAGUUAAUUGAAAACUUGAACAGAAUAAAGAAAAUCCCCAAGCGUUUGACUACCAAGUCAUCACUGAACAACCAGACUUUUAACCAUACUUUAACUAGCAGACACUCACAUGUUUCAAACAAUUUCAACGCAAACAGUGGCACCGGAUAUAGCAUGAACGACCAGCACAGCAUUAAGGGGAACGGGGUUUUGAGGCACAAGAUACCUGCAACUAACACAAACGUAAACAGACUGGGAAUGAGCCAUUUCGACUCCAAAAAUUCCGCCAUGAAGCUAAAUGAUUUGAAGGGGAACACUGGUAAAGCUGAAUUUAAGCAUAACUCAGGACUCUCUGUUCCAAGAUUAGUUGAAGGCGGUGGAUUGAAGGGUAAGAUAAAGGGAGGAGGCAUAUUCAUUCCAAAAACCCAGGAUUUUGAAAAUUGCGGAGAUGGUAGAAGUAUCAGUGCUCUAGAGAGAGAAUUGGCUGAAACUAAGAUCAAGUUGGCAGAUUCGGAAACAACCAAUGAUGUGUAUUUAAAACAAAUCCUAUCAACAAAGAAAUAAUUUAAUAUUUUAUAAUUUUA